CUCGAGGGGGUGAAAGGGUGCGGUGUACUUCCUCGGUGGCUCCACCGGCGAACAAAUUUGUUUCCUUUAUGGACUAACGUUUGUAGGAGCUUCAGUUGAUUAUCAUCAGAGUGGAUCACGGGAAGCAUGUCACACAGAGUCUUCAUAUCAGUCUUCAUCCACUAUGAGGAGAGGCGAUAAACCCACAACCUACGAGGAGAGACGAUGAACCCACACUUGACACCAUGCAGUGAUGGAAACCCACCUCCACUGGCAAGAUGAGUUUGUCCACCCAGCCUCGUCCAUCAGGGUCACCGCUCUCCUCUGUGUCCUUCCCCAUGGACGUAGCGACUCUUCCCAUGCAGGGUCUCUACAACCACUCCAACGCCACAGGUGUGUCAGUGCCACACGCCUUCACCUGGGAGACGGUUCUGAUCGUCCUCAUAACGGGACCCUUGUCUGCUGUCACCAUCAUCGGAAACCUUCUGGUCAUAAUCUCCUUCCGGAUCAACUCUCACCUGCGGACGGUCAGCAACUACUUCCUGUUGAGCUUAGCGGUGGCCGACCUUAUUCUGGGCACGGUGUCCAUGAACCUCUACACGACCUACAUAAUUCUUGGACGAUGGUCACUGGGCAACCUCGCUUGUGAUGUCUGGUUAGCCGUCGACUACGUGGCCAGCAAUGCCUCGGUGAUGAAUCUGCUGGCCAUCUGCUGCGAUCGGUACCUGUCUGUCACCCGACCUCUGACCUACAGAGCCAAGAGAACCCCAAAGAGGGCAGCCAUUAUGAUUGCCUUGGCCUGGGGAGUGUCCCUGAUGAUCUGGGCGCCCCCUAUCUUAUUCUGGGAGGACAUCGUAGGGGAGAGGAAGGUUCCAGAAGGUGACUGCUCAGUUCAGUUCUUCUACGUGCCGGUGAUUACCUUUGUCACGGCCAUCGCGGCGUUCUACCUGCCGGUCACCAUCAUGGCGGUGCUGUACUGGAGGGUCUACCGAGAGACGGAACGCCGCUCACAGCAGCUAGCUGGACUGACUGGCGCAGUGACCACCGCCCUGGCUAUCACAUCACAGGCCUCAGGGCAGCAGUUCUCCCAGUCUAGCAGUAGCAAUGCCAGCAUCUCUGGAGAGCCCCAGUCCCCGAGCCCUACCAAGGCAGAGCCUGACGGGCCGAGCCAGGGAAACGACGUGGCCGGCUGCUGGCUCACAGUCCUGCACUGUCUCAAGGGCCAGAGCCAGAGCAGCAGCUACACCCACGCCAGCAGCAGCAGCCUGGACAGCAUGGGCGGCCAUGGCAACAGCGAGGACUUCAACAGGAGUGUGCAGAUGCCGUUGGUUCCCUUGGGCGAUGGUGACCGCGAUGCCGCAGAGACUGAGGAUCACUCAGUCGCCGAACGGCCUCCUGUCGCCCGCAGGGGUGGCACCCUCUCGCCCGCCCGCCCGCACUCCAUCGCCCUCCUGGCGGCGGCGACAACGUGCGGCGCGUCACGGACCCUCCGCAGGCUCCGCGGCGGCCCUUCCUCGCUGAUCCGUGAGCGCAAGGCAGCGCGGACGCUCAGCGCCAUCCUGCUGGCGUUCAUCGUCACGUGGACGCCGUACAACAUCAUGGUGCUGGUGUCCACCUUCUGCGGGGGCAGCUGCAUCCCCGAGCAGCUCUGGCAGCUGGGCUACUGGUUGUGCUACGUCAACAGCACCGUCAACCCCGUCUGCUACGCCCUCUGCAACCAGCACUUCCGCGUCACCUUCAAGGAGUUGCUGUUGUGCAGGUGGAACGGGGACCGGAGGAGGAGGAAGAGGUGGGUAAGACCCGGGGUGGGGUGAUGAGGUGAACGUCGCAGACGCUGGCCAUCGACUGCACACACACACUCCUUCCUUCUAACUCCAUUUGUUUGUGGAUGCAGAUGGACAUGACCAUUUGAAGAGCCUGCAAUGCAUAAUACAAGGCAAGAGGCCUACUAGUAUGUAUUACUGUCCUAAUAGGGUGUCUUUGUAGCAGUACAGCACCGGCGGCACAAGCUUGUAACAGACACGUGGAAGUUUUUCUGUCAGAGGUUAAUGUAGCACUAGUUAGUAUUUCUGUCAUGGUCUGGUUUAUGAAAACCUAACAAAUGUCUUGCCAAUUCAUGACUUGGUUUGGAGUCUCAGGGCACAUGACUCAGAGGGGUGUUUUUGAGCACUUAAUUGUAGUGAUGGGCAAAUAAACCUUUGGUGAACCACUGAACCACAGCAGUGUGAACCUAGUGAC